AUGGCGCUUUUCUUUAAAUUGUUUUAUAUGCAAGUGCUCAAGGCGCCAGCAUAUCCGAUUGGGAUCGACACAGGGCUAAAGGUGGGGAAAACUCUUCAACAGCGCGGUCUGGCCACAGACGCCGGCAGGCAAGGUGUACACGCGCUUCAAGGAAUCUCGAGGGCGCGCUGCAGCGAGGCGUGCUUGUCAAGGCCAAGGUCCUGCAGCAGGCGCCGCAGUUUGAACAACAACAGGCAACGACAGGGUAGAAGAACUUCACCGACAAACGAGGAUGGGAGAGGCGAAUGCGAAAACCACAACAGGGAAAGCUGCGCGGCGCAGGCGCGCAGCCAUGCGCAGCCACGCGCAGCCACGCGCAGGCGCCCCCACUUACCUCGUUGCAUUUCCGAGCUGCUGCUGCCCUUCGCAGCAUGCAUAAAAUUGCGGCUAUAA